AUGGCGACCCGCACCUUCCUCUUCGGACCAAGGGAGGUAGCCGCGCUGCGGGUCUCUCUUCCGGCGCGCCUUGCCCGAUCCGCCACUGUGUUCGAGCUUAUCACGGCGGCGGUGUGGCGAUGCAGGACGGCGGCGCUAGAGCACGCGCCUGACGAGCGUGUGUGCGUCUUAUUCCUCACGAAUGCCCACGGGAGCUGGAAGCUCGAGCUUGUGCAUGAGGCCAAGAUCCACAUGACAGACGAGUAUGUGCGGUCGGUGUUGGACGUCCUAGCAAGAGGCGAGCGUUACGUGAACGUGGCGCUGGACAAGGCCUUCAUAGCGACGGACGUAUCUCGCUCUGGGAACCACUUGAUGGACCUGGGCUGGGCAGAGCGUGUCGGCGGCGGUGGUUCAAUGGCCGGUGAUAUUGUUAACAGGCUGACGAGUGCUUAUAUGAGCUGCAAGAACGCCAAGGGCGAGGAGUGUGUCAUGGUACCUAUUUCCUUGCCUGUGCUGGCCAUGGAGAGGUUCGUGUCUCAGCUCACCGCGACUGUAAGGUACUAUGGUCUCAAGGUUUGCAUGUAUCUGAAACAGAGUCGUGAAAAUUCCUUCAUUCCAGGCAGCGCGGAAGUGCAAACAGAAGCAGAUUAUAGCAUGGACGGAGGACUGUUAGCUCUAUGGAAUCACCAGUCGAUGCAAAUCCUGGUGCUGCUCAGCCUCGGGCUCCAGUUCGUCCUAUUCAUCUUGGCUGGGGUCCGCCGGCGUGAAGAUGCGCCGGUUAGAAGGUUCAUCCUCUGGCUAGCAUACCUCAUGGCUGACUCCACUGCCAUAUAUGCUGUUGGGCACCUUUCGUUCAGCAGCAUCGUGCAGGUGCAUCCGCUCGUCACGUUCUGGGCGCCAUUCCUCCUGCUGCAUCUCGGCGGCCCGGACAACAUCACCGCCUACGCGCUCCAGGACAACCAGCUCUGGCUUCGCCACCUCCAAACCCUUGUCGUGCAGGUCCUCGGAGUAGCCUAUCUCCUCCUCUACCGGAACAUGGCUGGUGGAAAUUUGCUUGGGCUCGCCACCGUCUUGAUGUUCGCCCUCGGCGUCGUCAAGUACGGGGAGAGGACUUGGGCGCUGAAGUGUGGCACCCUGGAGAGCAUUGGCAGCUCAGGCAAGGCGCAGCCACCGGCCAUCCACAAGCAUUUCCACCCUCAGGACAAGGCGACGGAUGAGGAGUUCCUCCUGCGAAGAGCGCACUCGCUGUUCCACAUCUGCAAGCGCGCUAUUGUCGAUUCCUCGGUGAUUGAGGAGGACACCAUGGAAGGCCACGAAGAGUACACCGCCGUAAUGAUGGACAGAUUGGAGCUAUGGAAGCUGAUGGAGAUCGAGCUCUCCCUAAUGUAUGACCUCCUGUACACCAAGGCAUCUGUGGUCCACACCUCGUUGGGCUACCUGGUACGUGCCGUCUCGCCAGUCAUCACUGCCACCUCGCUGGUGCUGUUCAACUUAACUGGCAAGGACGGCCACAAUAGAGACGACAUUGCCAUCACCUACAUCUUGCUGGGAGGCGCCUUAUUUAUGGAGACGACGUCACUCAUGAACGCGCUAGGAUCUUCAUGGACAUUUGCAUUCCUGAGCAGCACCAAGUGGCACUGGCUUAAAUACACAGCCCUGUGCAGCCGGAGAUGGGACAGGCUUCGGCGCCUGGUUGUGUCUCUUCACCAUGUUGUCAAGGGAGGGGCUGCUAGCGCCAGCAGGUACAAGUCAAGGAAGUGGUCGGGAACCAUCGGGCAGUACAACAUGCUGCACUUCUGCACUCGCCCUGCCAACACACUCACCAGCCCUCUGCUCGGAAGGCUUGCAAAGCUGGUUGCACCCAAUGAGUGGUGGAACAGGAAGCAUUACUCAGGGACCGUUCAACUGUCAACUCCGGUGAAAACAUUCAUCUCUGAGUACAUGACACGGUUGUACAGCAAAGGGAAGUUCAACACCGGCAUGCUGAGGAAGAAGUGGGGUGAGGACCCGCUGGACCGUCUUGGAUUGUACGAGGGCAUUCUCAAAGAAUCCCUCGGCGUCGAGUUCCAGGAGGGCAUCCUCAUCUGGCACCUUGGCACCGAUGUUUUCCUGGCCAAGAGCUGCACAGCCAAGGACGCAGCCGACCGUGUGGAGGCGAUCAAGGUGCUAUCCAACUACAUGAUGUUCCUCCUGGUGGAUCGCCCCUUCAUGCUGCCAGGCCAGCCCCAAAACAGGUUGUACAAACGAACCUGCGAGAAACUGGUCAGCAUGCGACCAGCCAAUCCCAAGUACCCGAGCCGUCAACGCAAUGGUAGGAUCAAGAAUCUAUUCAGCGUGUACGACGGCCCAGGCAGCUCCAGGGACACCGAGAUGAAUGACCUUGCCAACAACUUGUACGACGAGUACGUGAACCGGGAGUUAAGCAACGUUGCACCUCGUCUCACUCACGUCGCAAGACUCGCCGAGAAGCUGCUGGAGAAGGAGAGAGAUGGAACGGCUGACACCCUGAAGCUUGUCCUUGACGUGUGGAUGGACAUUCUCAUCUAUGCGGGAAACAAGUGCAGCAGGAAUUCCCAUGCCCAGAAGCUCAACAGUGGUGGCGAGAUGACUACCAUCCUCUGGCUUAUGGCAGAAUACCUGUACCAAGUGUCUCUCUAG